CAGAUCUAGAAACACCUUACUCAUUGUAGAUCCACAAUCCUAGAUUUUUGUAGACUAGUCACUUGUCUUAUCUCUAAAUCUUAGAUAAUUCUUAGUCACAGGAACCUUAAAUAAAAUUAAUAUUAAAAAAAUAAGAUUACUAAAAUUUAUGCACCAAAGACAUUUCAAAGCAUUUACUCAGAGGUAUUCUGUUACUGUACAAAUCCUGCAGACGUUUAGCAGAAGUCUGCACAACUCUGUAAAAAUUGGUCAAAAUGGCUCCACACAUGCUAUCAUGGAACACAGGCCAAUUACCUUGUUGUCAUUAGGAUAUGCUCUAAAGAGGUUUGCCUACAGGAUGGCUGGUGUUAAAGUCACGCUAGAGACUCUAAACUUUAACAAUUUGGCACUACAGCGUUUGCCUGUAGAUCCCUAUGUUAGUGACACACAGCGAGAGGUAGUUGGGGCUUGUUUUGCAAGAAUCAGCCCCACACCUGUGAAACAGCCAGCCCUUGUGUGUGUUUCACUUCCUGCGCUGAAACUGCUGGACAUUGAAGAAGAUCAGACCAAGCGACCUGAGUUUUUGGAAUACUUCAGUGGCAAUAAGAUCCUGCCAGGAUCUGAAACAGCAGCUCACUGUUACUGUGGCCACCAGUUUGGGUAUUUCUCUGGGCAGCUUGGUGAUGGGGCAGCCAUUUAUCUUGGUGAAAUUGUCAACCAAGAAGGUGAGCGCUGGGAAGUUCAGCUGAAAGGUGCCGGCAAAACUCCAUUUUCCCGCGGGUCUGAUGGAAGGAAAGUGCUGAGAAGUUCCAUCAGGGAGUUUCUGUGUAGUGAAGCUAUGUACCAUUUGGGAGUGCCCACCACCCGGGCUGGGUCAUGCAUCACAUCAGAGACUAGAGUCAUUCGGGAUAUUUUUUAUGAUGGCAACGCAAUUUCUGAGAAGUGCACCUUGGUUUUGAGAAUCUCGCCUACUUUUCUAAGAUUUGGGUCAUUUGAGAUCUUCAAGUCAAGAGACCUGGACACAGGAAGAUCAGGUCCCAGUGUUGGUCAAACUGACCUUUUGAUCAAGCUGUUACAGUACACCAUUGAGACCUUUUAUCCUCAGAUCUGGAGCCGCUACUUCAGUGACCCAGAGAAAAUGUACCUGAAGUUCUAUCAAGAGGUUGUCAGAAGGACAGCCAGGCUUGUGGCACACUGGCAGUGUAUUGGCUGGUGUCAUGGUGUCCUGAACACGGAUAACUUGAGUAUUGUGGGGGUGACCAUUGACUAUGGACCAUUUGGUUUCAUGGACAGAUACAACCCAGAUUUUGUAUGCAAUUCUUCAGAUGACGCAGGUCGCUACUCCUACAGACAACAGCCGGAGAUGUGCAAGUGGAAUUGUUUGAAGCUGGCUGAAGCCAUCCAAGAUGUGGUCCCCCUCUCCAAGACAAAAGAUUAUCAUCAUUUAUUUGAUGAGGAAUUCCAGAGAUUUUAUAAUUCCUUGAUGAGGAAGAAGUUUGGACUAAAAAAAGAAAAGCCUGAAGAUAGUUUACUUUUUGACGAGUUUUUAGUAACCUUACAGAAAACUGGAGCAGACUUCACAAACUGUUUUCGCUGUUUGAGUAAUUUCCCUUUGCCGAACUCCCCAGAUUUUGAAGAAAGGAAAUUGGAGACUUUAAACCAACUUCUCUCACAGAGUAGUACUUUAGCUGAGUUGAGAGAAAUAAACAAACCACCACCUCCCAAUAGUCAGCUGAGUCUGCUGAUGUUGAUGAUACAGAACAAACCCCACCUGGUACCCAUAGUCAAGCUAAGAAUGCCAGGUCUGGAGGCAGAGUACAAGAAAGAGGCAAUCCUGCAAUCUUUGCAGAACACAACAGAAGAAGAGUUGACUGAGGCAAACAGAGGUGCCUGGCUGGCCUGGAUGGAGACAUACACACAGCGUCUGCUGUUUGAGGAAAGUGAUGUUGCUGAUGUGGUGAUGCUAGGGGAGGAGCGGAGGCAAAUGAUGGACUCUGUUAAUCCAAGGUUUAUACUCAGGAACUAUGUCGCUCAAAGGGCAAUAGAUGCAGCUGAGAAGGGAGACUACUCUGAAGUCCAGAAGGUUCUCAAACAGCUUGAGUCUCCAUACACGGAUGUCAGCCUAGUGGAUGAGCUGGAUACAUCAUCCAGCGUGGAUCAUGAGAUGGGUGGAGACCAUGUGACAGCCAGUAUAACGGGAGCAAGGUGCCUUGCCUCGUACUUAACCAAACCACCAGCCUGGGCCUCUGAGAUCAGAGUGAGCUGAUCCUCGUAGGGUGGUCACUGGUCAAAGGCUCGUUAGAUCUAAUGCCAGCCUGCUCCAGAUGACUCGCCAUGUUUGACCCUGUAACCGUCUUGCUCUCUGGGGGGGCACAAGAAAAUCUGGGAUGCUAUAAUUUAUCUACCCUGAUAUUUUUUUGUGUUAAAUUUAUUGUGAUAGUUAUCCUGAAUAGUCUUGUGGCUUUCUCCCAUUGAGUGAGAUGUUUGAUGGCUAGGUGGAAAGCUCAUUCCCAGCUCACCUAAGCUUGAUGGGGUACAGUGGUUUAAACACAAAAGCUCUGUUGAUACAGAACAUAUCUUGUUAUAUCAUAGCCCAACAUCAACCUUUUUGUUUAUAUAGACCAUAAAAAUGGUGGUGGGCAAAAUGUAAAUCCAUAUAAUUUUUUUAUUUUUACUAAUUUUUGUUCAUACUGAAACCAUAUUUGACAAUGCUGUUGCAUUACUAAUUACAUGUAUGGAUUUUUUUUGCUUAAAAUAUAUUGAUUUUUAAAAAAUAUACCCAUUAUCUUAUUUGAUAUUAAAUCAUGCUCACUGAUUAUUAUAUCAGUAUAAUCAGAAUUUUCUAGCAUGUUGAAAAUAUAACUUGUGAAAUGUUAAUUGGGAUAAAUUUACUUUUCUUAUUAAAAAAUAUGAUUUUGUAUUGGUAUAUAGUAUACACCUGGAUAAUAGCUACCUGUUGAUUGGGUUAGCUUAGUUAUCUUUAAAAAUGUGGUUCUGAUGGUGAGCAAUUUUUUCUAGUAAACUUUGUGUUGUUUUGGUGAAAACAUUCAAAAUUAGUUAUGUACAAGAAUCUCACUUUUCACCCAUAUAUUGAUGGGGCUCUAUUAAAAUUAAAUAAGUGUACACUUGUUAUGUUUAAAAGUUUCUGAAAUGUUCACUCAAGUUAUAUAUAUAACAAACUGUGAAGUAUUGAAAGUCUGUGAUGCAUAAACGCAUAUUAAAAUGUUAAA